AUGACGCUGCGGGAGUCCUUCGCUGGCAGCCCUAGAUCCGCCAUUCAAGACCCCGAAAUCUACCCACGGGAUGACAUUGAGCUUGCGCUCAGGCUCGGAAGAGGCCCCUCGGUUGCAGUCAAACACGAGGCUGUUUCGCAGUGGGUUGAUGCCAUUGCCUUGGGGAAUCCAACCAUCACCGCGCUGAGGCAUACAGACCAUUCUGGCAAGGGGCAGUCAUGCGGACGGGCCCUUUUACGCACGGCGCGCCUGACCCAGACCGGCACCCUCGCCGAAAUCGAUUUUGUCCUGGUUGACAGUGCCGACGUUGGUGCCCAGGCCGAGCGCUGGCUGGCGUCUGCCACGCCAAAAGUCACUGCUAUUCUCCAGCGCCGGCAGCUGAGAACGGAAAGGAGCAGCAGCUCGCAAAACGUCUCAGCUCCAGGUGACGCGGCCGCCAUUCUCUUCACCAGCGGUACAACCGGCACUCCCAAGGGCAUUUCGCUGCGGCAUUCAUCUCUCACCAACGUCGUCAAGGCCACGAUGGCGCUGCAGUUCCACAUGCCCGGCGGCCUCGGCCGGCGGACAGUUCUUCCGCACGGCGCACCGGGCUUCGAAAUGUCGCUCGAGCAGGUGUUCCUCGCGCUUUGCCGUGGGGGCACGUUGGUCAUCGCGGACCGUUCCAUCCGGGGCGACUCGCGCACAUUGACGAAGCUUAUCGCCGAAGAGGGUGUCACCUUCACCAAGGCCGCGCCGCCCGAGUACAGAUCCUGGUUCCGAAACGGGGAAGCACUCGGGCCCGACACGAGCCUGAAGUAUCGACCGCAUGACCAGGGCGUGGUUGAGGAGUUGAAGCGUCGUCUUCCUGAGGUUGUUUCCGCGGGCCGCGCGCCAUUUAUUGUGACCAAGACCGAGAUUUCUCUUGAUGAUGCAGUCGACGACAUCCAGGGUCCCGAGUCUGCAGGCCAGCAGGCGGCAAUCCCAAUCGGAUCGCCACUUGAGAACUGUGCAGUUUAUGUGGUCGACAACCACCUUGGACUGUUGCCUCCUGGGGUGUCGGGCGAAAUCCUCAUCGGCUGGCGCCGGGGUCGCCAUGGGCUAUCUCGACAGUGA